AUGGACCCCGGUGGCCUCAUCCUCCGCGAGGCGACGCGGGGGUUCGCCGCUGGCGCGGCGGCCUGGGGCGCCGCCUGGGGCUCGCAGUGCCCAGCGUGCCCCGCCCCGCCGCCGUGCCCGCACUGCACCUGCACCUGCGAGCCGCGGCUGGCGUGCCCAGGCGGCUCAGUGUCGGAGGCCCCGCGGCCCGAGCUGCUGGGUGCUGGCCUUGCGUGGCUGGCCAGCCUUGCCGCGGUGGGCGCCGCUGGCUGGGCCUCUGGCAGGCGGGCCGCUCCCGCGACAUCGGGGGCCCCUGCGUCGGCGGACGCCCCCACGCGGCCGCCCACGGCGGCCUUGGAGGCGCCUGCCUCAGCAGCGCAGCUGGCGGCGGCCCAGGCCCCAGCUGACCCGCUAGCAUGGCGGCUGCGGCCGCUGCACGGCAUCCGAUCGCCGCCCUGGGCCUGCAGGAAGGGGGAUUUCAUCCUGGUCGAGUACGUUGGGUACGCCAACGUGUGGCACGAGCGCUUGGUGGUGCUCGCGCCCGACGGCUCGAGCCUGGCGUGCACCCUCACGCCGGACGACGACAGCUACGAGGAGGACCUCUUCGCCGUCGCUGAAGUGCGGCGCUGGCUGCCGUGCGAGGGCGGACGCAUGGGAACGUACCCUCCAGCGGCUGCUGGGAUGCACGUGCACGGCUUCAGGGGCGUCCCCGCGCCCGCGCGGGUCGCGCAGGUGCUGGCCGCGGGAGCUGCAAGGAUGGGAGUCGCCCUCGGCGCUGAGGACACGGUGGUGCCCAACCUGGUCGGCGCGGCAGGCGGGGCCCGCCCUCGGCCUGGCGCCGCUGGCAUCGCGCCGGCCGGAGGCGCAGCGGCAGCGGCGCUCGCCGCUGGUGGCGGGGGGCCGCCCGCUGGAUUGCUGGUGGCCGCCCCCCCCGCGGCGCCCGCCGCCGGGUUCGGGGGGCCCGCCGUGGCGGCUGGGGUGGCUGGCCUGGCCGCCGCGCUCGCUGACGGCCCAGCGGCGCCCGGGGCAGGCGCCCCAGCGCUGGCAGGCCCCCCGCCGCCGCUGGCAGCGGCGCCCGCGGCUGCAGGGCCAGCUGCCGCCGAAGGCGGCCGUGGGGCCGCGGCGGCCGCGGCCGCGCCCGUGGAUGCUCGCAUCCAGCCCGUCACGUACGACUUGCAGGGCCAGCGGCACGCGGACUACCGCAGCGCGGUCAUGGGCAUGACCGAGGGUGCAUUCCCCGAUUGGCCAGUCAGGGGGCCGCGGACGGCGCUGUGGGUCCUCAAGUUCAUGGAGGCUCACGGCGGCACUCCAACGGGCCGCCACUCGCGCUGGCUCUCGGAGACGCGCUUGCAGGGCACCGAGCCUGGCGUCGACGAGCACGAGCGGGCGUGCAGGACCCUCGAGCGCAUGCUGCGCGGGAACGUGUGCGUCGCGCCGAUGCUGCAGGACCACAUCAAGGACGAACUCACGAAGAUGAAUGCUUACAGGAAGGAGCAGCGCAAAGCCAGAGAGGAGCGCGACUUGGCCCGCAAGAAGAAGGGGACCAAGGGCGACAAGGGCUCUGGCAAGGAUGACAAGGCUCCAGUUUUGUGCGCAGACUGGGCCACGGACGCCAUCGACGUCUUGAACGCUGCGUGUGCCCCUGAGGCCCAGCCGUCAGCCCUCGGAGUUUCUGAAGGCCAGCGGGCGUCUCUCGCGCACAUCCAGUCCACCUUCGCCUGCCUCGAGCCGCUGGCUGAGGGCGAGGGCUUUCCCGAAGGAGCGCUUUCGGAUCUACUCUCUGGCUCCCCGCUGUACGCCGCGGGGGGGCCUCGCCGACCCUACUCGCGGGACCUGAUCUCGUGGCCCGACGUCGGCGACGACCCCGUGCCUCUCACCAAGGUCGUUGCUGGCCCGGGCGCUCAGUGGCUUAGGGCUUGGAGCUCGAGCAUGCUGCGUGGUCGCGAGGAGGCGGGCGCCCUCCUGCAGCAGGUAUGCCCUCGCGGGCCGUAUGUCGACCCCAACCUUGCCUUUUCUCCGGCGACGUUCGCCGAUUUCCUUGCUGAGAUGUUGAAGCGGAAGAUGAUUUGCUUCCAGGCGGAGGGCCGUCAUAUCAAGCCGAUUGGAGUCUUCUGCGUGGCAAAGAAGAGCAACCGUCUGAGGCUGAUCUUUGAUACUCGCACUGCGAAUGCGUACUUCACGGACCCCCCAGCCACCACGCUGCCGAGUGCUGCCGCCUUCUCGAACCUGGAGGCGCCAGGUGGCAGGGUGGUCGUCGCGGCAGGAGACAUCGACAAUGCCUUCUACCCGCUGCUGAUGCCCGAGGGCUUGUGCCGCUACUUCAGGCUUCCGCCGAUCGACAGGCGGCGCCUGGAGGCCCGCGGCACCACGGGACUCCCCGAUGCCGCCAGGGUGCAGGCUUGCCUGGUCGCGCUGCCGAUGGGCUUCUCCUGGGCGCUGCACCUCUGCCAGCUGGCGCUGCGGACCGCGGUCUCGCGGGCUGGCGUGCCGGGCCACCUCAUCAUCGAGGACGGCCUCCCCGGCGUCGUCGUGGAGCCGCAGGGCCAGGCCGCCGUCGCAGGGUACGUGGACAACUACCUGGCCGUCAGCAGCGACGAGUCGGAGGCCGAUCGAGCCCUGGAUCGCAUCACCGCGGAGCUGGAGGGCGCUGGCGUGAGAGUCCACGAGCCUGAGCGGGCUUCGGACACCUGCAGCUUCUUGGGGAUGGAGCUGCGGCAGGGCCGCUGGCUGGCUAUCAAGGGGCGCUCCGUCUGGAGGUUGAAGCUCGCCAUCGAGGAGCUGCUUAGGCGCGGUCGCGCCUCUGGGCAUCUCGCGCGCGUGCUGGUUGGCCACCUGACCUGGGCCUCGAUGGUGAGGCGCGAGGCUUUGGGGCUCCUCAACUCGACGUACGCCUUCAUGAUAGCGUCCGGCGCGGAGGUGCAGACGCUCUGGCCCUCCGUGCGGACUGAGCUGUGGCGCGCCCGCUGCCUGCUGCCGCUCCUUGUGGCGGACCGAACCGCGCCCUGGGCGACGAGGCUAGUCGCCAGUGACGCCAGCGAG